UUCUAUGCCGUAAGUGAUUAUAGGCAUAAUUAAAGUGUUAAACAGCAUGUCCAGUUGUUUGAUUGGGAAGCCAUAGUAUUUACAGACACGCAUUAUGUACAUUCUUGCACUGGCUUUUUUCAACAUUUCAUCAAAAUGCAAAUCCCACUUGGAAGGGAGAUCCUGUAAUUUAAUUCCUAAAAUCUUUAACCACGUCCUUCGUUUAACCUAAAUGGAAAAGGAUCAGGCAACAGCGUAGGGAUAUUUCUCCUAACAAUCAUUUCAUACGUCUUUUCCAUAUUUAAGGACAUUCGAGAUCAAGGACAUUCAAGACCAUGUUUGUAUACUGUCCACUUCGGCUUGGGAUGUAUCUCCGUUUUCAUUCCCUGGUACUUCUAAUGUCAUGUCAUCCGCGAACUUAACUAACUGGUUUAUGGGGUUAACUGUUUUGAUGUCAUUCACCAUGAUCGAAAAGAGGACAGGACCCAGAACUGUUCCUUGGGGAACACCUCGAUUAAUGUUCAAGUAUUCAGUUUCUAUUCCAUCAACCACUACCCUCUGUUUCCUAUCCUCCAGAAAACUAAUCAGCCAAUUAGUAACAUAUGGGUUGAUGGGGAGCUUCUUAAGCUUCUCACAUAAAAUAUCGUGUGGAAUGCUAUCGAAUGCUUUGCGAAAGUCAAAAGAUAAUACUCUGACAUAUUUUGCAUCUCCUUCUAACCAUCUUAACCAUGUGUGUUGGCACUUGAUCAGAGCCAUAAUCGAAUUGUGACCUUCCUUGUAUGCAAACUGAUCUGAAUCAAUAGCGUGUCUUGUAACAUGUGCUAUCUCAGUUUUGAACACACUUCUUUCAAAUAAUCUCAUUAUAAUAUCUGUUAAAAAGAUUGGUCUUAGUUGAUUAAGAGAGUUUAAGAUAGAUUCUUUAGGUACUGGUAGUACAUUUGCAUGUUUCCACAUUUUAGGAACUUUGCUAAGUUUCAAUGAAGUGUUAAAUAUAUUUGUUAUGGUAGGAGCAAGCUCAAAUGCAAAUUCCUUCCAAACCCAGUAAGGUAGAUCAUCUGGCCCGGAUGCUGUUCGUUUUAGAUUUUGUAAAAGGUGUAGAGUAGUAUUUAUAGAGAGCGAAGGAACCCUGGUGCCAUCAGGGAUCUCGACAGGUUCUGGAGCCGCGUACUGAGGAUCCGAGUUUAUACUUUGAAAGUAUACAUUUAUCUCACUAGGAUCAAAGGCUGCACUGACAGAUCGACUCCGAUUAUUUCUUCCUGUAAUACUGUUCACAUUGGACCACCACUGUUUUGAUCCGGUUUUCUGAUUUUUGUUCUCUUGUUUGACGGCAUUUAAAUGGUUCUCUCGAAUUAGCUUGUUUAUCUGGUCUUGUAAACGAGCGUGAGAUUCGGAAUCGCUCUUCUGUAUAGCUCUUUUCCUUUGCUUUAGCAAAUGCUUUACAAGGGGUGACAUAAACGGUGGGUCACGUGAAGAGGUUCUAACCUUAAUUAGUGGGAAACACUUUUCAAAUAUCGGCCACAUCGUUUCAUAAAAUUUCAGCGUCAUUUCAUCUGGAGUUUGCCCAUCCUUGGUUAUCAUAUUCCAGUCUACAGUUCCUAAUUCAUAUAACAUAUUUAUUUUCUUAUGUUGUCUUACAUCUCUAAAAUAGGAAUUUUUUCUUUCUGCUUUAAUUACAUCUCGGGGAUAGGUUAUUACCAUAUCAUGAUCAGAUUUUACUAAGCUUUUCACUACUUUAACUUUUUUCCAAUCGUGAGGAGCGUUCGUAAUGAAGACAUCAAGUAUAUUUUGACCCCUUGUGGGAACUUUAACAAGUUGGAUGAGCGACAGCUGAUUGAGCAGAUUUCGAAUAUUUAAUUUAUUGAUAUCACCCGCAAUGAUUAUUCUGGAGUUUGGUUUAACAGACAGAAUUUGUUCGCAUGUGUCUAUCAAAUAUUCAAUUAGGUCAUUCACAUUAUAAUCGUGAUCAGGAGGGUGGUAUAUAGUUCCAACAUAGACAUUCGAGUUUUGUGUGUCAACUUUUGUCCAUAAACAUUCAAACAGAUUGUCCGAGUUUGGCAUUAUCUGCAUUUUCCAAUCAUUUCUACAAAUAGUCGCCACACCGCCCCCUCGACAGUUUGUUCUGUCUUUUCUUAUAAUAGAAAAGCCAGCGGGACAGACAAGAUGAUCAGGUAUAAUUGGUUUCAGCCAUGUUUCAGAGAUACAGCAUAUGUCAAUGUCAUUACACUUCAGAUCCGCAUACAAAGCGGGAAGGGCAUCAGGUUUUACUAGGGAUCUAGCGUUUAACACUAGACAACGCGGAAUUAUACGUGGUAAAUUUAAAGCUGUUUUAUCGAUUUGUACAAAUUUCAGAACACGAUCACGCUGAUGAGGUAUCAUACGAGCAUGUUUUUUUCGUCUUGUAAUUCUCACAGGAAUUUUAUUACUACGACAAGCUGACUGAGACAUACAAUUGGAACCAUUUAAGUUCGUAUAUAUAUAUAUAUACAUAUAUAUAUACAUAUAUGUAUAUAUAUAUAUAUAUAUACGUUAGGAAUUUUAUUUCUUCUAGAUAUAUGUCUUGGUUGCGGUGAUAUCAAGAUUAGUGUUCAUCAUCCGUUGUUUCAUGGCUCACUUUGUGAGGAGUGCAAGGUAUAUGGUACAAUGUAUUAAUAUCCUUUUCACGACCAUAAAAUUUGUGGUGCAAACAGGCUUCAACUUCAUUUAAUUUCAAUUUAUAAGAUUGUUAUCAUAUUGACAUGUUUUCACCCCACACAAAGUUUUCAUCUGCGGAAGAGAGGGGGAGUAUGUUCCAUUGGUUUAAAUAUUUACAUGUCACUUCUAUGAGGAAAAUCAUUCGCUUAUAAUUAUGUGAAGAGUUUCCAAUGCAUAUAGGAGCCUUUUUCAUAGUAGGUUUUAUUCCCUUGCUUUUCAACAAUAUAAGCGGUACACUGUGAAUCUAGCCUGCGUGUCAGGUUCUUUGCUUGAAAUAGAGCCUGCUACUGAAGUCGAUGAAAAGUGGACACUGUCAGUCAUUUGGUUGCACGAAAAUAACAACCAAUCAAAACGGCGAUUGUACAAUUAGAUUAUCAAAGCUAAUUUAAAAUAUGACAAUAACGGACAAUUUUUCCGCCAAUAUCUCGAAAAUAAAUAUUCCAAUUUUCAUUAAACGGCCAGGAAUUACAUACUAAAUAAUAAUAACGGUUAUUGACCGUGUUUAUAGACAGCAAAGGCAGUAAUUAAUACGGCCAAAAGUACAAUUACCAGUACGGAAUAUCAUAUUAUGUAAAGAACAACUUGAUAUUACCUUAUAAGGCAAGGCUAUUUAUUUCUGACCAAUGGGAAUUUUGCGUACGAUUAUUUCAAGCAUAGAGCCUGACACGCAGGCUAAGGUGAAUCAAGACUGUUUCGCCCCAUGCAAGGCCGUCGGAAGUAUAUCAGUAUUGGGGAGCUCUAAGUAAAUCUGAAUUGCUUUCGCACUUUUCUAGUUCUUUUGUGUGUUGUUCUAUACAAAUUGAAAUUAUUGGGGGGGGGGGGCUGAAGUCUCCCAGCCCUUCCCCGCUUCCGACGGCCUUGCCAUGUAUGGUAAUCCAGGAAUCCAGAAUCCGACUUUUGAUAGCUUUGCAAUCCGGAAUCCAGACAGUGGAAUCCAGAAUCCAUACAUCGGAGGAAUCCGGAAUCUUUAUCCUGGCCCAAUUAUCCUGGCCCACGACCGAUCUGGAACUGAUCCGGAAUUCAAGAGAGGAAUAUAAUUCGGAAUCCAAGGAGUGCAUGCAUUACCUUACAUGGGGCGAACUUAGCCCGCGUGCAGGCCCAAGGGAACUGAUAGUGGGCCUGCAAGCAAGGCCCGGUGUUUUGUAAAACGCCCCUUUUCAUAACACGCCCCAUUCGCGCGUCAAUUGUCAAAAAAAGAACCAAUGACAGCACCCAAAUAUUAACAAACAAACUUGCAUUAAAAUGUUGCGGGGUUUUCUCUGCUUAUUCAGAACAUAAACAAUUUUGUAAAUGGCAGCGUUUUAACUCCAAAAAAGCAAGCAACGCAGUCAGUAAUUGCCAAAUUUACAAGUGCUCAUUUUCAACUAAAAUUGGAACAGGCAAAUUAGGACGAAUUUCAACAGAAAACCAGUCUCAAACUUCAAAUCGUGAGGGAAGUCGUGCGACCACAUUAGCAUUUAUAUUGUGUGACAUGUGUGUGCUUCGCUGUCGCCAUUGGCAUUGUUAGAAAUAAUUAAAUUGCCUCACCUAUCAGAUCGUGUGUGCAAUUCUUGUUGGCGGCGGAAAGUACGAAAUUUAUUUCAGUUAUUUCAUUUGGUAUAGAACUCUACAAAAGAAGAGAGCGUUCAGAGUCCAGAUCGUUUCGUUUCAAACGGCAAUUUUAAUAAUACCGUCUUCUGUUUGGCUCUCUCAGCGAAGCCUUGUAAAUCGCAAAGUGUUUCGAACAGGCUAGGCUUACAUGCAACUGCAUCUCAACAUCAACCAAAAGAUAAUUUUCUUGAGGAACAUAUAACGUAUCAAGUCUGUUUGAAAUUAAUGAAACUCAAGUAAAGGUUACUAUAGUUUACCGCAGUCGUAAUGUUGCUAUUCCAACACCUCACGACAAGCAAUCCCCAUUGGCAUAACGGCAAAAACAUCUAUUCCUUCAAGUAAACAAUAAACAGUCUGUUCUUGUUCCAUUUAUAAUCGAAAAAAGUGAUCAAUUUUCGAAUUUUGAGCUUAUCGAGAGCCUUUGUGAUGAAUCACUGACCUAAUUAUAGAAUCUAACAGCAAACAGCCAAUCAGAAUGCCGCGUUCGUGGGCGAACGCGGAAAAUACAAAAUACCGGGCCUUGCUUGCAGGCCCACUAUCAAGUUCCUUUGAGCCUGCUCCCUUGGGCCUGCACGCGGGCUAGGGCGAACUGUGAGUCUGGCUUGCAUGACUGCUCUACCAGUUAUGCCUCAUUAGUCGCGCUCGUUUACUUAGCCAGAUUAUAUAUAUAUAGCGUUUGAGAUCAUGGCUAGAAAUUGCGGACAACUUGCCUGCAAUCGCUGGUUGCAAAACAAAAUUUGUCGCAGUAUAUAUGAUAUUCAAAUUAGUAAGGAAGUUGAAUACUCAUGUCCAUGAUUUCUGGCCAUGAUGUCAUCCUGUUUCGUGCGUUUUGCAUUGGUUUUUUAAAUUGCAUUUUUAAACAUCGAUCUUACCUACAAAAUUGAAUCUACACAAUAAUUAUUUAAUCUUGAUUAUUUAAUUAUUCUUUUAAUUAUUUUAUUAUGAAUCACUCUUUUUAAAUCUCAGUGUUAUAGCAAAGCGAUUCACCACUGUUCGUCAUAACAAAAUAUUUGCCAACCAUAUUUAAUAAAACAACUUAUAUUUACUUUUUCUUGAUUUAGGAAACAUUUCUUGAGUGUGUUUAUUUAUUUGAUGAAGACGGUUAUCAGGUUAGAAUCCCAACUGACAUAUUCGCAGACGGGAUUUAAAAUUAUUUACGUAUGCAUGCGCGUGCUCGAAGGUCUUUGUCAAAAUAACUGUUUAGUGGUACAGUAUAUGCCAUACGCCAAACUCCUUUUUAAAUUAUCAAUGGUUCUUACUAUCAUUUGCGAGGUCGCCUUGAAUCGUGAUGUAUUAUUAUUACAAAAAAGUUUUUGCAAGUUUAAAAUAAAAGCGAAGAAAGUCUACUAUACUAGUCUAUGGUGAAACGGUCUACGAUGAAGCAUUCAAUUGUCAAAUGAUGAACUGCUUACGAAACAAACAUGUAUUUUUUUUAGAUGUAUUGCACAAUAUGCGGUGAUGGUAAAGAAGUUUUCAUGUGUGAAUCUUCGGGAUGUUUCAGGUUUAAAUCUUUAUCAGCAGAAAUUCCAAGAAAUAUAAGAAAAGAAAUCUUGUAUUUGUGGUUGAAAGAUAUUUGUGGUUGAAAACAAGUUACAAUUACUAUGAUCAUAAUCAUAGCAAUUACCCAGAGAUUCUUUAUCAUCUUAAGCAGGCCAACCCUAAUCUGCUGUUGUUCUCAGAGCUUAAUUAAGGGUCGAAGCUAACGAAAGGUCGUAUUGGGUUUUUCUGUAAUUAAUUCAACUAGGCUUGUGUAGUUUCCCAUCACUUUCCUUACAUGCCUCAUAAGUCAAUUCUUCAAGUAAUCCUGGGGCCGGUUGUAUAAAAACGUAUAGUUAACGGUAACUGCAGUUAAAAAAAUCAUUAAUAAUUCACGAGGAAAAUACAAAAGAAAUGAAUGUUUAAUCAAUAUUUGUAAAUCGGAUAAAGAUUUGUCCUGAUUUACAUAAACUUCAGCUUUGAUUUUCUCGGCUUAGACAAUGUUUAUUUUUAAAAUUACUUCGCCAAUGAAUUCAUAAGAUGGGUCAUUUUUUAAGUACGAUAAAACAUUCGCAUCCGAUCUGUAUCUGAUAUACAAACUCUCGCCUUCGGCUCGAGUUUGUAGGCCUAUAUCAGAUACAGAUCGGCUGCUCAUGUUUUAUCUAGUACUUAAAAAAUAGUUAAAUAGUAGUUAAUUAACUUUAAUCACGUAGUUAAGCCGGUUGUAUAAAAGUGUAGUUAGCCUUACCUGCAGUUAAAAAGUAGGUAAAAAGUACUAGUUAAAGUUAACUGUGCUUUAGGGUAUAGUUAAACUAUCCAAAACGUAGUUAAAAAUGGAGUUUGUGUAGGAGUGAACAACAUUUUUCAGUAAAACAACAAUGAAAAGCAACGCUUACCUUGCAUUUUCAAUCGCCAUCUUCCCUGUGAAUGUUUUCUGACAAUAUAAACUCUUCAAGCGCUAUCGCUUUUGUGUUUUUACAAAAACAGAAUAUAUUUUUGCACAGCCGUCGAAGACGAAGUAGGGUCCAUUACACCAAGAAACACUGAUAUAUAAUCGCCAAACAGCUACAGCUUGGUUUAACCAACUGCAGUUAGCGCUAACUACGUUUUUACACAACCGGCCCCUGAAAUAUAAAUUUUCUUGCUAUCUUCAUAACACCUUUUCAAUAGACGAAAUGGUUAAGAAUUUUUUUCUUUCUAUCCUGAUAACUACUUCUCAGCAGGGUCAGGGAUGAAACAGUUGGAUAUCAAAACUAUUUUCAAUUUUGCAGAUCAUAUUGUGCUGUUUGUCUUGAAUUGAUUUGCGGAGCCGGUACGGUUGAUAAGGUUUGUUUAUGUAUCAUCACUGGAAUUUUUGGAAACGUUACUACUUCUAGGGUUGGAAAGAGCUAGUAAAGAACCCCAUUUUUUGUAUACUAGUUACCAUUUCCAUACUAUGGAUAAACAUGUAUAGUAUGGACAUAGUGUGAAUUUAAUAUAGAUUUUGUUAGUGAUGCAAACUACACAAUAGGAAGAACACAAUAGGCCAUAGAUCCGUAUUUUUAUAUAACUCUCACUUAGAAUUUGUCUUUGUAUUUGUUCAGAUUUCAUCUCUAGACAAGUGGUGUUGUAUUUUAUGUUUGGAUGUCAAAGUUGGACUUCUUGAGAAGAGAGAAGAUUGGCAAGAACAACUUAGGGAUCUUUUUGCUUCUGAUAAAGAACAAGAAUAUGUAAGUAGUUUUGACUGCCAAACUUUUUGUGGAAAACAAUUGCGUUGUUUAUCGAUUAUUUUCCAUGGACAAGUUAAGGUUGCAUGUUAGUCUCAGCAGUAUAGUGUAGAUAUGAAAAUACUGUGAUCUCAAUAAUUAUUUUUGCGGCCAAUCAGUGAGAUCUGGCUAUAUGGUAAAGCCCUGGUCAAAUGAGAAUGAAAGUUGAUGAGAAUUGAGAAGCGAGAGUUUGCACGAGAUUUUUCUCAACUCUCAUGCCUCGGUCAAACGACAAGAGAUGAAUGAGAGUUAAUGAGAGCUAACUGUAUAUUACCAUGCGCAUAGCGAAAACUCUCGUCAACUCACUUCAAAAUUUGAACCAGCUCAGAAUUGACGGGAGUAGACGAGAGUUGCUGAGAAUUGGUGGUCAACGCAAGCGAGAGUUGAAACUCUCAUCAACUCUCAUCCUGGUUUGACCGAGGCUUUAUAAAGGUGAGAAUAGUCCGUUCGUACGCCGAAAAGUGUUUUUUAAGGAAAACAAUGCAACACUGAGAUUUAUGUACUGACCGCGCUGUAAAACAAAUUGUGGUAACUGAAACUGACGUCCAACCGCGUAGUCACAGCGCAGAUUAGAUUAGCUUAAUGUCAUCAUCUGCAAAAAUUAUAAUACCAAGCUGAUGAUGUUACAAAAAUCAAAUGCGGCUGAUUUUUCAACUUUUUAUUAAUAGUAAAUCCACAAAAACCAAAACAUUUCCACUUCAUACUUCUAGCAAGAUAUAUACACUCUCUUUAUUUAGUUAGCUCCAAAAAUCUGUGCUCCAGUACCACCUGAACACCGUCAGCCACUUCGUGUUUUAUCAUUGUUUGAUGGUAUCGGAACAGGUGAGUAAUAAAAUGUUAAUAAACUUUUAUAAUCUAGUUUUGGCUUUUUGACAAUUUUGUAGUUUUGAUCUACUGACGAUUGUAGUUUAGCCCCCCCCCCCCAUAUAGCGAGGGAAGUGACGUCAUGAGGAAUCCGUAUAGCGCGGGAUGUGACGUCAUGACGUGCGCAUAUGAUGACGUGUACAGGUGUAACGCUACACUUAUAAAACAAAGACCGUAUUGGGGAUCUACUACACGUACUUCACUCGCUUUUGCGGUCAAUGUCGCUGGCUAAGGUCACGGCAAAGGUCGCGCGUGAUGGUGUACCUAGUGGCUGUCCAUGCUUAAGGAAUAUCCUAAAAAUUUAUCUAUAUUCUUUUUAGUAACUAUAGGGAUUCCUAAAAAAAUCGGCUACUUUUUGUCCCCCGUUAUAAACAGAAAAAUUCCCCCUCUAUCUAAAACUGAUUUAUAUUCUUUUGUAAAUGUGGUGGCUCUUAUAAAAAGCCGUUUUUGUCGAAAAUGUGUUACUUUCGUUCCAAUUAAAACUUAUUUUUGAAAGAUUGGAUAGUUUGAGAUCUUUUAAGAUCACAAAGUAAACUAUUCCCAACACGAAGAAGACCCUGGGAACGAGGUUGAACUAUUCCAAGCCACCGCACCCCUGUAACUAAAUUAUUUUUUCUUGAAAUUAUUGUUUGGUUUAGGUGGAAAAUAAUUUUGCACAUGCAUGUCUCGUUUCAUAAUUGUGUACGUUAUCGGUUCUUUGAAAUAAAUUUGAUAUGGAGCGAGGAACCAUUUUAGGGGCCUGGGAAUUUAAAAUAGCACAACUGUCAAAAUUACUGCGCACGCGAGUGCAUAAAGAAAAAUUUAUUCAUUUAUUUAAUGCACAACAACAGCAAUAUGAUCUAUUAGCAAUGCGAUUUCAAUUCCCAGGGGCCUAAAAUCUUUUAUUCUUAAGAAUUGCAAAGUGAUUUCUUAGGAAAUUCCGAGGUUGCGUUUUUUUUUAUACACCCUGUAUAUUGUUUUACCAUAUAAUUCUGAAAUUCCAGAAUCUGCUGGAUUAAAGAUAUUUCUUAAAGGUCUUGCAGAUAGAUAAAAGCCUAAUCGUAAAUGGACGGGUCCUUUCAAUGUUAGCUCACUGGCAGUCACGGCAGGAUGUGGAUACAGAUUCUGACGAAUCCGUGGAUGAGUCUGUAGGCUUGGAGACAACUUGUAACAGUUGUGACAAAGAUUUCGACAUCUCCCAUUUGGUUACAUGGCCUCUAUUCGCGUACACAGAUUUUUAUCCCAAUUGUACAAGGUGUCAUUGUUUGAUUUGUGAUUUUCGACUGUCCAAAGGAGAUUUCACGCAUGUAAUCGCCAGCUGUCCAUAUUGUCAUUAUGAUGAAAUUACGAAUGUUAGUACUGAUUAAAGAGAAUAUGAUUAAAAUAUUAGUACUGAUUAAAAUAUGUGUACAAAGUGGUAUUUGAUCAGUCGACUGUGAAGUUGAACUGAACACAUCAAUAUGCCGAGAGGUACACUUUUUGUAGAAGAAGAAAUACUUAGAGAUCAUUACUUGAAACAGCAUCGUGGUGGAAAAUAAAUUGGGUAUCGUGGUGCACGUUUUCAAAGAGGUUAUGGGCUCGGUGGAAUUUUUAAGAGUCUUGGAAGCUAUAAUAUUCCUUUUAUUUAUUCAAAGAUGUUGGUUAAAACUGUUGGAAAAAGAGCAUUACAAGCUGCAACAGAAGCCGGUCAAGAUGUUCUGGAAGGCAAAAAGGUGUCAAGAUCUAUAAAAACCCGCGGAAGAGAAGUUGUCAGAGAUUUUGCCGAUCAUGGCGCAAACACUCUACUGCAUUUGUCAAACGGGCAGCGGAAACAAGAAAAGACGAGGUCAACGCAGUAAUCUGUCAUCUAGCAAACGGCUAAAACUAUGCUUUCAUCUGGCAGACACAAAACCUACCAGAUGGAUUACCGGAAGAUGAAAGCAGUGACUAUAUAUGAUGAAUUCGAUUAGCGAAAUGUCUCAAACAAGUGACGAUAUAUAUUGGACGCAUAACUUUGUAAACGUUUUGAAGAAGUAAAUGUGUUUUAAAUCUAAAUUCUUGUGAAAAUUUAUGCCCGCAAAACCACGCUGCUGCUCAAUUUUAAAGUCUACGCCCGCGUAAUAAAUAAUCCCUAAAUAUCGACCAUAACGACGACGUUGACAACCAUGUUAACUUGGACUUAGCAACUGCUAAGUUCUGUAGCGCUAGGCAAGGCAUUUAGUUUUGGCAGCCAUCAUGGAAGGAAAUAAUACAUAUAAGAGAUAUCGCUUAAAACGGAAAGCGGGUUGACGAAGUACAAUGCAUUUUUUGCUUACGUGCUGGAGACACAUCCAGAAUUCAUUAGGGCCUUCAAGGCAAGCCACGGAAGGAGUAAGACGUAUUAAUUUUGCUCCUGGUCUUCUUCUAGUUUUAUCACUAUAAUAUACGCUUGUUGGCGUCUAUCAAUGCCAAUCUUCUGUUAGCUAGUGCUUUUGGAGUGCUAGGCAUUGUACGAUUUGUAAGCCAAUAGUCCUAUUAGCUUUAUCUUAAUUAUCGUCGUGAGCAAGAAAGAUGGCCGAUGAAGAAGGGCGUAUUACUCGAAGUCGCGUUGACUCUCGUAAAGAUUUGGAUAGUUAUUUUAAGUCAAAUACGUUCGAAGCUCUAGUAAAUAAAGCAGUCGCGCAGCAAUUCGAAAGUUUUCUUGCCUCUAAAAAGUUUUCAAGACAUGCUUCAAUCAACUACUAAGUCAAUCGUCUCUCAGCUAGUUUGCGAUUCAGUCGAAGCUGUUGUUGCUAAAGAAAUUGAUAAAGCCGUUCAACCGUUGUUGAAUUCUAUUGCUGAUUUGAAAGCAAACUUAAUUAAAGUUAAGUCCCAUGCUAACGAAAAUGAACAAUAUUCUCGUCGUUGCAACGUGCGAAUCUAUGGCAUUCCUGAAGAACAAGGGGAGAAUUGUUAUGAUGCUGUCUUGAAAUUAUGUGAGAAUGAUUUAAAGUGUGCUGUCGCCUUGGAUGAAAUAGACAGAACACAGCGCGUUGGUAAUUCACGAGGUGUUUCGAAACCACGUGCCAUAAUUGUAAAGUUUCUGUCAUUUCAGACCAAGUUAAGGGUUUUAAAACAUCGUCGGAAUUUAAAAGGCAGUAAAAAGUUUAUAAACGAGGACCUAACUUUCAUGAAUAAAGCCUUAUUCGACAUGGCAAGAAAGGAUCUACGCGGCCUUUCGGUAUGGACGUCUGAUGGCAAAGUACUGGUAAAGCUGUCAAAUGAGAAGAUUGUUCGAAUCAAGUCAAAGGAGGACAUUUACCAAAUCGAAUAAUUUUGCAUGCCUCAUUCUAAAAACACGCUUGUGCUUUAUUGAGUCCAUAUACCACGUUUGGUAAAUCUUUUUUCUAUUUUAUUUUUCAUUCUAUUUUUUCUGUGUGUUAUCUUGUGCAGCCCGAGGUAAGUGUGAUGUAUUGGGAAUUUAAUGGGGGUUAGUUUGGAAGCCUACAGAGCAAGUAUCGGGAUGUUCAACUGUUUUAAAUAUUGCUUGUGCCGUAAGUCGUGCUUUUCCGGAAUAGUUGUUGGAGAAUGGUUAUGCUCUUUGUCUAUUAUUUUAUUGUUAUUAAUUUUACUUUCUGGAGAUGUCGAGGUAAACCCUGGCCCUUCUAGAAAUUUAAUGUUAAAUGUUGGUCAUAUAAAUGCGAGAAGUCUAAAAUGUUGAAGACAAAUUUGACGAGAUUACUUCUCUUGUAGUUGAACAACAACUUAGUAUUUUUGCGGUAUCUGAAACAUGGUUAAAUUCAUGUAUUACUGGUGAUUUAUUAUCCAUUCCAGGUUUUAGUCCUAUGUUUAGACUUGACAGAAGCGAUGGUAGAAGGGCUGGGGGUGUUGCCGUAUACAUCUCAUCUGAUUAUCUAUCUAAAAGACGUGAAGAUCUUGAGCAUGGUGAUUUUGAAUUGCUUUUUGUUGAAGUUAAAAUAAAUUCAUUGACAUUUGUUUGCGGGGUUUGCUAGCGGCCACCUAAUUAUAAUUCUAUUGUUAACAAUGCUCUUUUGGAUCAUUUGCAAUUCUGCUUAGACGAAAUAAAUAAAGUACCUGGUACCUUUGUUUUACUCUUUGGGGAUUUUAAUGCUGAUUAAUUUUGUAAUGGGGGAAACUUUGCCCAAUAAUGAUUUCGGAUCACAUUUAUACAGAUGGCUGGAAUGCAAUGGCCUGUUUCAAGUUAUAAAUGAACCAACACGCAUUACUGCACAUAUAGUGCCACUUUAUUAGAUCUUAUAAUUACAAACUCUCCAGGUUAUUUUGUGAAUUCUGGAACUAUAAGCCCACCAAGUAAUUGUGAUCACUCGCUGGUUUACGCUCGGAUGAGUAUUUCGCUAGAAAAACAAAAGUGUUAUACACGCCAUAUCUGGGAUUAUUCCAAAAUAGAUGUAAAUGCUUUACGUGAGGUUCUUGAAAACACUGCGAGGGAUGAAGUAUUCUAUAAUGUUGACGAUCUUAAUGAGUUAUACAAUAGGUAGUUUCAGCGUUUUCAUCAUAUUCUUGAGUCCUUUGUGUCUAAAAGGACUGUGAUAAUUCGUCCAAGAGAUAAACCUUGGAUGAAUUCAAAAAUCAGAAUAGCCAUCCGCAAAAGGAAUAGACUACUAAAACUUUUCUGCAGACGGAAAAGUCUGCGUACAUGGGAAAAUUAUAGAUUGCAAAGAAAUCUGACGACGGCACUAAUACGUAAAUGCAAAGUAAAUUAUUUUGCAAAUCUCAAUAAAAAAUUACAGGAUCCUAAAUUAGGUCCAAAAAAGUGGUGGGGUAUUGUUAAAUCAUUAUAUGGGAGUAAAAUUCAAUCCAAAAUACCCGUUAUACAAGACGGACCCCGUGUGAUAACGGAUGCGAAAGAAAAAGCCGCACUUUUCAAUGAGUAUUUUAUUUCCCAGUGUAAAGUGGAAAAUAACAAUGCUCCGGUGCCUAUUUUAAACGAAUUUCAAACUUCAAAAAUUCUUUCGCAUUUAUCCACCACCGAAAAUGAAGUUAAAGAUUUAUUAAGCACUGUUGAUGUUUCAAAAGGCUGUGGUGUAGACGGCGUAGGAAAUUUUCUUAUUAAGACAAGUGCUGUUGGUAUUGCAAAUUCAUUUUCCCGUUUUAUUAAUAUAUCCUUAUCUAACGGAAAAUUCCCGCUUAGCUGGAAAUUGGCAAAUGUUAUACCAAUUUUUAAAAAGGAUAAUCGCCAAUCGAAAGAGAAUUAUCGUCCCGUUUCUUUAUUAUCGUCUUUGUCGAAAGUUUGCGAGAAAAUAGUAUUUAUUAGGCUAUAUAAUUUUUUGCUUGAGAUUCAUUUCCUAAAUCCUUUUCAAUCUGGUUUUCGACCUGGAGAUUCGACCGUAAAUCAGCUUGUUUUCAUUGUGCACAAAAUUUACGAGGCUCUUGAAGAAGGCAAAGAGGUUCGGAUGGUUUUCCUGGAUAUUAGUAAGGCCUUUGAUAAAGUUUGGCACAAAGGAUUGCUCCGUAGGUUAGAAUCUUUGGGAGUAAGAGAUCCUCUUCUUAAAUGGAUUAAAAGUUAUUUAUCAGAAAGAAAGCAGCGUGUCAUAAUAGAUGGUCAGUCAUCGGACUGGAUGCAAAUUGAAGCCGGCGUUCCUCAGGGUUCCGUUUUGGGCCCUUUGCUUUUUUUAAUUUAUAUAAAUGAUAUUACGCGUGAUCUUCAAAGCAGCAAUUUUCUUUAUGCCGAUGAUACUUCUCUGUUUGAUGUAGUCGAUGAUCCUAGUUCUACAGCAAUUAAGCUAAAUAAUGACCUUGCAUGUAUUAAUGCAUGGACACACGACUGGCAGGUUACUAUUAAUCCGGGAAAAACCAAAUCCAUAAUCUUUUCUGUAAAGCAAAUAAAGCCAAUUCAUCCAAAUAUAUAUUUUAAUAAUAAAAUAAUAGAAAAUGUUAGUAACCAUAAACAUUUGGGAGUUAGUCUUUGUUCUAAUCUUUCUUGGAGGGCUCAUAUUUUUAAUGUUUAUGAGAGUGCUUCAAAAAAAUUAAACCUUUUAAAAGUCUGAAAUUCAAAUUAAGUAGAGAGACGUUAUCAAAAUUGUACAAAUGUAUUAUUAGACCUGUAAUGGAGUAUGCCGAUGUUCUUUGGGACGGCUGCUCCAUUAGUGAAAGUGAUCUUUUAGAACAUGUUCAGUAUGAAACUGCAAAGGUGGUCACCGAUGCUAUGAAAGGCACAAGCAAAUCAAGGGUUUGGAAGAGCUAGCUUGGGAAGAUAUGGGAACUAGGCGACUUAUUCAUAAGCUUGUCUUGUUUUUCAAAAUUGUAAAUCAUCUCACUCCAGGUUAUUUGUCCGUUUUAUUACCCCAGACAGUACAACAAAGGUCCGGUUUACUUUUGCGUUCUGCAUCUAAUUUAAUUACCUUUCCGACUAAAACAGAAAGAUUCAAAACAUCUUUUUUUCCUUCAACAACGUUGCUCUGGAAUAGCAUUGAUUACGUAGAACGUAAUAAUUUAUCAAUUGAUGUUUUUAAACAGUAUCUUAAAAAUUUCUUUGAUAUUUCAAGUUAUUCAAAAUAUUUUGAUUAUUCAAUAGAUAGAUAUUCUUCUAUUUUGCACACUCGUCCUCGCCUUAAUUGUUGUACUUUAAAUUAUUAUUUAUUCAAAAUAGAUUGUAUUGUAUCUCCAGUAUGUGUGUGCGGCGGACUUGUGAAUCUGUUACUCAUUACUUGCUAGAGUGUUCCCGAUACUCUGCUCUGAGGUUGUCCUUGCUCUCGGUUGCUGCACAAGUGUACGGUUGGGGCUGGAAUCGUUUGUCGGCUUUUCAAAAAGUACAAUUAUUAUUGUUUGGUGAACCAAAUUUAAGUGUAGAUGAUAACAUAGAAAUAUUUAAAAAUGUUCAGCAAUAUAUUAAGUUAUCAGAACGUUUUCGGCAAAGUUAGUGGAAAUCCUUCAGUUGUUCCAGCUUCUCAUCGUAAUUUCCAUUUACUCCUUUCUUGUUCUUUUUUUUUUUAAAUAUGUAAAUGUUAUAUGACGUAAACCCCUCGAUGAGCUUCAUAGCUCUUGGGCAAACGUCAUUAAUAAAUAUAUACGUUUAAAUAAAAGAGGUAUAUAAUUGCGAGGAGUCAGCCCCGGUAAGCGUCGAAAAUGAAGCACCCAGUACAAGGGAGACGGCCCCUGCUGAGACAACUCCAGCAGCUGUUGAGACAGAACUGUAUAAAAAAUUGGUAGAACAGUUGUGGGCUAUGCUUGUGGUGAGGGGCAUGGCUAAUUCUGCGGAGGAUUAAUACAAAAAUACCAAAAAAAACGCUCUUUUAAAAGCCAUCACAUUUGCGAAAGAAUAUAAAACGGUUUCAGAUAGGUGGGGGAUUUCUCUGUUUAUAGCGAGAGACAAAAAAUAGCGAUUCUUUUUAAGAGCCCCUACAGCUACUAUAAAAAUAAUAUAGAUACAUUUUUAGGGUAUUCCUUAAGCAUGGACAGCCAUUGUCACUUCCCUCGCUAUAUGGGGGAGGGGCUAAACUACUAACGAUAACUUUGACAUAAUAUUAAAAAUAUUCAGUGCCAAGGUGUGUUCGAUCAGAAACGUAGCCCUUGUAGAAUCCGACAUAUUUAUAACCUAUUUUAUACCUAUUUUUUCUCUAUUUAGCCCUAUUUUUUCCGUAUUUUUUCAAAAAUAUGUCUAUUUUAUUACUAUUUAUCAAAUUUCAUAAAAUAGUAUAUGACUAUUUACUCCCUAUUUAAAAUAUAGGUUAUAUAUAUUUUUCAAAAAAAUAGCUUUGAAAUAGAUAUUCAAAUCCUAUUUGAAAGAGUAAUUGACGGAAUCUCACUAUAAAAUAGCUUUUAAAUAGCUAUUUAAUUCCUAUUGAUGACAAACGAGUCAGUUAGAAUAGUUUAAAUAGCUAUUUUUAAACUAUUUUUGCAUAUCUUCCUUGGAGCCAUUCUUAACAUAGUUAUUAAAUAGCAAAAUAAAUAGGUCUUAAAUAGCUAUUUGAUUCCUAUUCAAAGAAAAUUGUGGCGAACUUUGUUCAAAAUAGCUAUAAAAUAGCUAUUUUUAAACUAUGUUUGCUUUUAUUUUUGGAGAUAUUAUUGAGUAUUGUUAAAAUAGUUAUUAAAUAGGAAAAUAAAUAGAUCUUAAAUAGCUAUUUAAUUCCUAUUCAUAGAAAGUUGUGGCGAACUUUGUUCCAAAUAGUUAUUAAAUAGCUAUUUUUAAACUAUGUUUUCUUUUAUUUUUAAAUUUUUAGAGCCAUUCUUAGAAUAGUUAUUAAAUAGCAAAAUAAGUAGAUCUUAAAUAGCUAUUUAAUUCCUAUUCGAUUCAUAGACAGUUUGGUCAAAAUGGCUAUUAAAUAGCUAUUUUUACACUAUGUUUACUUUUAUUUUUAGAGCUAUUGUUAAAAUAGCUAAUAAAUAGCACAGUGCCUUUUUUAAGGAAUUUUUACUAGGGAGGGGGGGGGGGGCAAAACAGGAAAAAAGGCAGAACGAAAAAUAUGACCCAUCGAAGUUUGGCGAACACGCCAGUCUGAAGAGAGAUUUUGUAAAACUUGAAUUUAUUAACUUCUCCUAUAUAUAGACAAUAACUUCAACCCUUUGUAGCUAUAAUCGUACAGCUAUAACCAGUGGCGUAGCCAGACCUUAUUUUUGGGGUUCGGUGUAAAUCAACUGCAAUUCUGACAGCAAUCAUGAGCAAUUCUGCUUCGCACUUCGGGGGCAGAAAUGGCUUUACUGCGGGGGGGGGGGGAUUAUUUCCCUGGGGGGAAAUCCCCCCCCAGAUAUAGAGUUAAAAAAGGCACUGAAAUAGCAAAAUAAUUAGAUCUUAAAAGCUAUUUAUUUCCUAUUCAAAUAGAAAGUUGUGAGAAUUUAGAAAGGGUAAAUGUAUUUAUUUAACUGGUCAAAAUUUCCCAGUUUGAGUUUGUUAAUUUUAAAUUUUUCAUCAGUUCAUUGAAAUUAUAUUUACAAAAAUAUUUAUAGUCUUUGUGGACUUUGUGGAGGUAGGUAUUUUGUUUCUUGACAAAACAGAAUUUUUGACAAAACACCAUGCCAUGAAUACCACCAAAAAUUCUUACGAUGAGCGCAGUUUGACAGACUGGUGCCUAAUUUUCUUACAACGCGCGCAAAGCUUUCUGGGAUAGCAUCACAAUUCACAACGCCAUAUUUUAAAAAUUUUUUGUUUUAAACUUUCCGCUCAAAAUGGCUCAAAUACAGAGCUUUUAUUGAGCGAAACUGUUAUUUAUUGUAAAGAUAAAAGAUCCGGGAUGACUGGGAAACAUCCAGGUAAGAAUUUUGUUAUGUUUUAUAUAUAAAUAGAGCAAUUUUGAAAGGAAAUAUUUACUAUCUUCAUUCGUGAAUUUUGAGCACAUGUUCCGGCUUAAAAUUUCAAUUUGCAGCGACAAUAUUUGAAUUAAAACAACAUUAGUUUUAUAGAAUGGCUUACAUUUGACUCAGCCUUUAUAUUUAUAAAUGAUGUUUAUUGUAAUGCCAAAUAGUAUACUUUGAUCUUUGUGUAUACUAUAGUGUAUAUGACAGAUUGCCAGAUUCCAGUGUUUGUUGUAUAAAAUAAUAUAGCUUGACAUGAUGGCAUCUACUCAAUUCUCAUAUGCCUACCCAGACAUGUCCCAGCUAAACAUGGUUUGAGAAAAUUUAUCGACUGGUUUCAAAUUAACUGGUACUUUCAUAAGUUUCCAAUAUUUAUUCAUAUAUAGGUGGGUGAGUUUAGGAUAGAUAAAAAUAUCAAUUUGAUGUGUUGUUGUCAUAUGUGGCAACUAGAUUAUAGAUGUGUCCCUAACUGAAAACAGUUGAAGUCCUUAGUUUGCUUGUUCAAACUUAUGAAUACAUUUAGUUAAUACACCACAUGUUCUGCUUAAUAAUAUAUGUAACAACCUUUGGGCUUCAUUUUAUAUAUUUUAGAGACACCCCGGCAAGGGUUUGAUUGUUUUUGGAAUUACCCAUCACUCCAAUGAGCCCAAUAUUCAGCACUUUGUUAUUAAAUGUUAUCUUGCCUAAUGCCGGACAAUUUUAUUCAUCAAGGGAAGUGUCUAGCUAGCGUACUAGACUCUCCCCAUGUUUCAUGUUGGGCCUGAUUACAUGGAGAGUUUUCAGCCCGGGCUGAGUUUCAGCCCGGUUAAACGAGCUGAAAUUUCAUCACGAUUACAUGAGCAGUUUCAACCCGGGCUGAGUUUAGUCAGAGCUAUAUUUAUCAUCAACCCGGGCUGAAAUGUCAGCCCGGGCUGAAAUAAUCUGAGUGUCACGAAAUAGGUCAAUAAAGCGUGCUACGCUUCUUUGAAGCAAUCAGACACUGAUUAGUCCAGUAUUUGACUUGUGUGAGACUGUGGUGAUAUGUAAAGUAUUUAAAAAUUAAACAAACACGCAAAAUAAAGCCAUUUAAACGGUUGUUUUUUAGGCCGGGCUGAAAUUAUUUGCGAUUACAUGCAUGCCGAGCUGAGUUUCAGCCCGGGCUGAAAUUUCAACCCGGGUAGCUCAAACCGGGCUGAAAUUUCAGCCCGGGUUGAAACUCAGCCGGGGCUGGAAUUUUGGUCAUGUAAUCGCUUGCUGUGUUUUACUAGGAUUUUAUCCUUAGGCCGGGCUGAAAUUUCAGCCAGGGAAACCGGGCUGAAACUCAGCCCGGGCUGAAAACUCUCCAUGUAAUCAGCCCCUUAAGUACUUUGAUAUUAUUAUUUAACUCUGACAUUUCAUGCUAGACAAUUUUACUUACCGACUUUGGCAUGCUCGCCCAUAUCUCACCUAAAUAUUAACACCUAUAAAGGAGCAAUUUGCUCUUACCUUACUUACUUACUUGAAGAAUGAAGUUCUUUGUAGGGUGUGCAGGAUAGAAUGUUUUUGCUAUGCAGCUCCAUACAGGGUAUAUGUUGGAUAGUUGAAAAAUAUCCAGCUAGAUUCAGGGUAUUAUUCAAAUAUAUAAAUGUUUUUUCUAACCUGUAAAGAAGGCCUGAACUAGCUGCAGCUGAGCUUCGCCCUAUUCUUGAUGUUACAUGAUGUUCUUGCAUGCUUUUUUUCUGCCCUGUCCCCAGCCAAGUUACUGUAUGGAUAUACUAAACUCUUUGGCUACCAAAGAGACUGCUAACUACAGAUUUUUAACUCAUUUAUUGACAGACCUCUACCUACUGAUAAGUAAAAUUGUCUGGCAUUUACAGACGGUAAAUACUAAAGUAAGGUCCGUAAUAGCCUCUGAUGUUUCAGCACUUCUACACUUGUUCUCAAUUUUUUUUACUAAUUAUAUUUUAUUUAAAUUAAAGACUAUUUACAUUAUAUGUUUUAACUUUUUAUUAUCUAUGUUUUAACUACUGGGAUUUAUAAUAUAUUUUAAAAAUAUUUAUAGGCUAUUUGUAUUUGUAUACACUAUAUUUAAUAACUAUUUUAACUGUAUUAACAGGACAUAUUUUAAAUAUUUAUUUAAUAUGUUAUUACUAUUUUUUAACUAUUUUUAAUCUAUUUGGGCAAUAUUAUAUCCACUAUUUAUUAUCUAUUUUUAACAAGCUGGGAUGUAUUUUAACUAUUUAUUAUCUAUUUUUAAACUAUAUUAUCACUAUUUUUGAACUAUGUAUUAUCUAUUUUUAAACUAUAUUAUCACUAUUUUUGAACUAUUUAUUAUCUAUUUUUAAACUAUAUUAUCACUAUUUUUGAGCUAUUUAUUAUCUAUGUUUAAACUAUAAUAUCACUAUUUUUGAACUAUUUAUUAUCUAUUUUUAAACUAUAUUAUCACUAUUUUUGAACUAUUUAUUAUCUAUUUUUAAACUUUUUCAACUAUUUAUUGACUAUUUUAAACUUAGUUGAAACUCAUUUCAACUAUUUAUUACAUAUUUUAUACCUAUAUUGUCACUAUGUUUUAACUAUUUCAUACAUAUUUAUUAACUAUGUCGAAACUAUAUAUUUUUAAUAAUUUCCUAAAUAGCUCUAUUUUUAUCAUAUUUGAAACCUAUUUAAUUUCUAUUCGAGUACAUCAAUUAAGUAUUUGUUUAGAAAUAUAUCAUGAAUAGGAAAAAAAUAUGGUUCCACUUGGAUAGGAAAAAAAUAGCUUUUCUACCCCAAUUUAAAUAGGAAAAACCUCGAAAAAAAAUAAUAGUAAAAAUAGGAAAUAAAUACUUUGACAAAUAGGAAUUAAAUAGCCCAAUAAAAUAGGAAUUAAAUAGCAAUUAAAUAGUGUUUGGUUCUACAAGGGUAGUAUUACUAAACACACCUUUUCAAUUGCCGAAGGUGCGUACAGUAAAAAGUAUUUGUGUAAAACGAAUUGUGUUUUUAUGACACUAAGGCGAGUUUUCUGAGAGGUGGUUGUAAGGUUCUUAUAAAUUUCAUCUCGGUUUGAUAUCUAUAUUUUUGUCAUGCAUGCGAUCGCAAUAUUCACUGGAAUAAAAACGCAUGUAAUUUUCGUAAUCCGCACUAUACUCACUUCCCGACAAAAGUUCUGUUUAUAUUUUCAAGUAGUAGUACCUUAUGCAUACCGCUGCCAAUAAAUUGUCAUGCCUACAAUAUUCACAGUGACCCACAAAUGAUUUUGUGACCUAUAAAUGUUAGACGUACGCUUUCGACUUCUUGCUACUCUCCGUAGAACUGUUAGUCUCUUCCCUUGCUUACAUAAUUUGCCUAUUACUCUUGUGUGAUGGCGUCUCAAAAUGUUUAAUUUAUUUUCCUUUUUAUCUUCUUUUCUUCAUCCGUCUUUUCUUUCCAUUUCCACAUGCGCUUUUCCUGGAAAUAACGAUACCUUUUCUUUCAUUUGACAUAUUGAGUGCUCAAGUCGUGGAAAAUAUUUCAACCUUUUGUAGGUUUGUUGGCACUGAAAGAACUGGGAUUAGAUGUCCAUGUGUAUAUUGCAUCGGAGAUUGAUGAAAAUGCUACUCGAGUAAGUGAACUAAAUGUUGUUUGACUUUAUACUGGAGGUCCAAUAAGUGCAAUCCCUUACUGUUGUACGGUGUUGUGAAGAUGGAAAUGGAAUACCAGAAACUAACCUAGCAGCGUUUGUUGGACUCAAAAUACGCUCGCCAUUUUCUUAGCCAGUGCGCUUACGAGAGGCAUUCACCCCCCUGAACGUCCACCAUUUUGAAUAUUUUCAGAGGUGAAUGCCUCUCACAAGCGCACUGGCUAGGAACAUUGCGAUAGCAUUGCAACGGUUACGCAAAAAUAUAAGCCAAACCAAGAAGUCGGCCUUCUGCAAGUUCACUAUUCUGUGGUUGUAGGCUUCACUCGGAGAUAAGACGUAGCACGCUAACUGCAUCUGUCACAUUAAUUUUACUUCCCAUUUUUAUGAUGAUUAAUCCUAGUAAGAACCUGUGAAAACAUUUACCAUGCAGCCUCUAGUUUUUGGUGCCCAGCAUGUCUGUUCUGUGCUGUACAAAUCUUCAUGUUCAUUAAGGUUGUAAAAGUGCAGCAUUGCGAGGACGACGUUGUCCAGUUUGUUGGUGACAUUGAGCAAAUCACACGUGAACAGGUAUUUCAUACUCAAGAUAAGUUUUCGUAGAUGAAAUUUCGACCCCUAAUUUUAUAAUGCAUUUUUAGACCUAUACUUAGGAGCAGAAAAAAUGCCAAAAAAUCUCGUUAUUUUGUAUUCAGUAUUUUGCGUUUAUUUGUUUAUUCAUUUGACUUCACCAAAGACCAUGCUUUAUGUUACAUAUACACAAGAUAUAUGAUUAAUAAAUCUUUAAUAAACAGCUGACACGGUGCACGCGACUGAUUUGCUAAUCAUAUCGGCCCUAUAUUGGUAUGUUUCGGUACCAACGUAUUAAUAUAAUGAUUGUACCUCCCGAGUUUUCAGUUAUUUUAUCGUACAGAUAUGUUUUAACCUAAUAUAUAAUAUUUUAAAAACACAUUUAUAUACUAAACCAUAGUAAAGGAACAUAUAAGUAAACAAGAAAAAUCUAGCCUACACACAGGUGCAGCCCAAAGCAAUAUAGCAUUGAAUUACUAAUGUCAUAUUAACAAAAAUUUCUCCUCUUUUCAGAUUGAAAUGUGGGGUCCUUUUGAUUUAGUUAUAGGUGCAAGUCCUUGUAAUGACUUAUCCAUCGCAAACCCUGCACGUCAGGGCAUUUAUGGUUAGUGGAGUUAGCUAAUAGUAUUAUUGGUAUUGUGUUAUGUUAAUGGAGGAGGUACGUCAACGUUGCCUCAGCCCACUACACUGAAUGCCUACAUAUUGGUACGCUGUGACGGUUUUUCUCACGUAUAUAUAGAUAUUUAACAAUUAUUGAAUGAGGUUGAGCAAGAUUUAUGAAGCCAGAGGGCUUCAUAUCUGGCGAAAACCCAAUUCAAUAAUUGUUUUAAUAUUUAAAAGUCGAAACAUUUGACCAGUUUUCCCCCCUAAAUCUUUCCUUUAUUCUUUCAUAAGGACCUUAAGAUGUUCCAAAACUUUUCGUGGCUCUGACUUGUUAUUCAUAUUUCAUGAUUAUAGUUUCGAAGUUGUUUCCUUUAAUAAACAUGCAAUUUGCUGCAAAUACAGCCGAAGACGUCACCAUAUUGCUUUGGUCGUGUUUCCACAUUUCGUUUUCGUAUUUUCAUUGCAUGAUGUCGUAACGUUGAAUAUGAUUUUUUCAUAUUCAACGUUAUUACGUCACGGUCCGGUCGCUCCGUUGAAUAUUGUGUCAAAACUCCAUAAUUGUCAGCUAUUGAGUUAAUAUGACGAUUUCACGGUCGGCUGUCAGCCAAUCAGAACCCAUGAAUUUUUUAAAUAAAUAAUUAUAAAUCUAUACAAACAUGAUAUUAUCAUGUUCCCUGAUGACGGCUGUAAAUGUUAUGGUGCAGCUGUGUGUUAUGUUAUGAUGUGUUAAAAAAGCCUUUCUCACGAUGACGAAUAUCCGCCAUCUUUGGGUGGCAUCUAAUUCUCGUUAAUCAAUGCCGACAAUUAAAACAAUGUGAAAAGCAAUUUUUCAAAAUAAAGUAACCAUUUACAAAGCAAAUUUACCAUCAUUCGUCCUAAAAAUUAUAAAAAGUCGCUGUUAUGUGGGCUUAUCUCGCAGACUUGAAAGCCACCAAAAAUGGCGGGGUAAGAAAGGCUAAUUGGGUUUCAUUAUAAUAUGUGAUAUAUUUUAUUACAAAUGUUGUCCAAGUAAAAGAGACAUUACAGAAAUAAAUUUUACAUUUCAUGAUAAUAUUUUGAUCACAUGAUGUGGAUGUAUUUUUAGAAGCCUUGUUGUAAUUUCUUACUUACAGAGGGAAGUGGUCGUUUAUUCUUUGAAUAUUUUCGACUGUUAAUGUAUGCCAAGCCACAGCGAGAUGACUCUAGACCUUUCUUCUGGUUGUUUGAAAACGUUGUGAGCAUGCGCGCUGUGGACAAGAGAACUAUUUCAAGAUUUCUACAGGUAAUAACUCAGCAAGAUUUCUGCAGGUAGUCGCGGAGCGUGCGCGAGAGGCGGCGACUUUUCAUGGAUGAUUUAUAUUUAGCCAAUAUAUUGUAACUGUUGAUGUGCCGACCUACAUACUGUAGGCAAUUCUUCUUGCCGGUUUCACACCUGCAAUUUGGAGGUAUAACUUAGUUAUAAGCAUGAUACUGGGUGGUUUCAUGGAGUAUAUUCAGGUGGCAGCAUUUUCAUGGCAAUGAUAACAUUCACUUUCAAAAUCGCUGUGGACCUUGAACUGGAAAUGACAUUCAAAAAAUUGUAGUCAACAGGUUGUGCGUAAAACUGUGUUGUAGGUUUACAUAUAAUAUAGUUUUCCAGCUUCCCUCGUGAGACUCUUCACAGCUGGGCUUUUUAGAUUAUACCGUCCUCCUAUGCAUGAUGUAUUAUGUUAAACUAACUUUCGAUGAAUUACACUCCAAAUACUUACAUCACAAAACGUCUUAAGGCCAAUUUACACUAUACACAACUUUGGCCUAAAACUGUCUCAUGCAACUGGUCCUGUGUAAAUCAAGCACGCAACGCACCUACGACAACGUAGACGAGUUGUGUGCUUGAUUUAAACAAUACAACUGCAGUUGUAAGCAGGUUACAUGCGGCAGUUUUAGGCAAAAGUUGUGUAGACGUGUAAAGCGGCCUUUAAGAUCCAUUAUAAAAACACAAUGUAAUGUUUCACCUGUACAAUGCAAUGUUUCGGUAUUUUUAAUACCGUUUCACCGGCACGUUACUGGAAUAUUAAUACAACUUAAAUAGUGUUAUUUAACUUGAACUAUACUCUAGUAAUAGGUUUAUACCGCACGCAGAGUCAUUAUUAUUGUGAAACAUAUACUUGACAUCAUUUUUCCAAUCGUUUAUGGGGCGCCCCUGCCCCACCAAGAUUUCCGCCACUGACUACAAUACUGCCAAAUUUCUUCAAACUAGAUUAUUAAUACUUUCCAUUAAAUGGAUCUAAUUCUUGAAAUUCAUUUUUUUAGUGUAACCCUGUGGUGGUUGACGCCAAGGAUAUCUCACCAGCCCGCAGAGCCCGAUAUUUUUGGGGAAACUUACCCGGAAUGAACAGGUUUGGUCUUGUAUACAACCUUCCAAAAAUUGCGUAUAAAUGAUUUAAAUGAUUGAAUUUAGAAUAAUUUGCGUAUAAAUGCAAUAAUUUAGACAAAUAUUCAAUGUGUGUCUUGAAGUGGUGUUCUAAAUUCUAUAUGAGAUGUUGAUGGAAUGCCUGCCCAGUUAUGCCAAUCAACCUAAAUCUCUUAAAUACAAUGAUUUAUUAAUGAUCUUAGAAAUAUUUAUAGAAAGAUCCUCAGGUACUUUAAAAAGGGUAGUUUACUCGAGGUCUUAAUUUGUAUUUGUAGUUGUAUAACUAGGGUGAACACCAAACGUCAUUUGCUGAGUUGUGUACAGUACAUAAAUAAACAAAAAUGGCGGCACAACUCGCAAGUUUAUAAACUACGAUUUUGCAAGUUUGUGUUAAAAUAAAGAAUAUAGAAGAGAAUAAAAACACAACAGGCAACAGGGUAUGCUGCUGAAACCGUUUAAGUAGGUUGUUUUAUUUUUAAACUUGUAGUUAAAUUUAAUACAAUGGUUGUGUAUGAAUGUCGUUGCUUUUCCUUUCGUCGUUAUAUAACAAAACACACUUAUAUUAAUGUCUGUCCCUCUGGAAAUAGUUUUGUUUCCCCUCGAAUCUCAAUGUCAUGCAGACUCUCAGGCAAACAAAACUAUUUUCCUCUGGAGCAGACAUUAAGUGCAUGUAUAAUAUAUAUUCGAGGUAAAGUCAAAGAUAAAGGCAACACAUGACAAUAUAUAACAAUACAAUAAACUAUCAAUCCCUUUAUAAUAAAUAAAUCCCUGACCCCUAUAUUAAUUGCGAUUCGUGUAGAAUGUCGCGUGUAACUAAUUAAUUUAUGUGAGCUAACUGAUUUAGAAAUCCUCUGCAAUCAUUUAUUCUAGGCCGACCAUUCCUGUGGCUGGUGAUAAAUUAUCCUUGCAAUCUUGUUUGGAACCACAUUGUGGUCGCAAAGCUCGUGUAAGUAAUCUUUGUUUUGUGUCAGUUACCCAGUCAACAAUAUUGCCAUUUCCAAUAUUUUAUUUCAGUUUACAAAAAUCCAGACAGUGACAACGAAAGCGAACUCCAUCAAACAAACUAAACAGGGUAUUUUACCUGUUGAAGUAUCUGAUAGUGACGUCACUGAGGAUUUGUUAUGGUGUACUGAGAUGGAAAGGUACACAUUUUCUCUCUCCCUUUUUUCGUCUACCUACAGCAUAUUUAGGGACCAUUCAUUAUUUAUGACCGGGGGUGGGCUGGCAAAAUUCAAUUAACAACUAAACAAAAUGUCCUGCCCCACCCCCUGCAUCACAAAAAAAUUAAAUGACCCCCUUCACAUGAGUUCUAAAAAAUAGUACCCCCACACACACACACACACACCACCACCACCACCACCACCACCGACAAUAUAAUAAAUGUACAGUACUGUAUAGAAAUGAGCUCUUUAAACUUGUUGUUAAAGGCAUCAGAUCUUUCAUUUACUUGUGCUUUCAACAUGCAAUCAAUAUGUAUGUCUAUUUAACCCAUUAAUUAAGCUGCAGAGUUUUCUGUCACGACGAGUGAAAUCGUCUGGUGUUAAACAAGUAAAAAAAUAAGUAGGGUGCAAUGGGUUAACUAGAGACAUUGUCAGAUUUUUUGGUUAACCCAUUAAGCUACAGAGUGCCGAAGAGGCUAAAGUCAUACCAGUUUUCGCUACAAAGAGUGUAGUAACUAGUAAACUGUAGAGUGUAGUUUGCUCCAAACGUAAAAAGUUGCUGAAAAGUUGCCGAGCACAAUCGGGACAUGCCUAGCAGCGCUUUUCCGUUGACAAGUAAAAUCAGGUCAGGAGUAUAGGGUACUUAGGAGUAGAGUUAGGGUAGCUGAAAGCGAGGGCCAAAGGCCGGAGGAAAUUUUUAAAUUUAGAGUCUCUGAAAUGCCAUUCCCUGGACUUUGGAGAAGAUUUGACAGAAUUCUGAUGGUCAGAAAACAGCAUUUUAGUAUGUCGAUAUUUACAAUUUAAUAGCACUAAAUUGGCGAAGGCGUAUUUUAUUAACUAUAUGUUGGAUAAGUUGCAGGAAGGUAUGAGAAAUAUCUUCAUUCUUUGCUGUUUGUCAUGGAUAAUGUAGCCGCUAAAAAUUAAUCAAUUGUCAGUAUUUUAAAGGUAUAUUAUUUAAAUGAUAAAGGCUACAUGAUUUUGGAAAAAAUAAUGAUUAUUAGCAAAUGAUUGGGGGGAGCUGCAGCCCCCCCCCCCCAGUUGCUACGGCCCCUGGGUUAGGAGUAGGGUUAGGGUAUACGUACUACGUCAAUGAACUACAAAUACCGCUAAACAGCUAGUGACUUGGACAUUUGACUCGGGCUCGGAUUUGACUCGGACUUGCCACGGUAAACCGACAAACUCUUUACUAUAAAUUAAACCAUGAAUAAAAUACCUAGUAUAAACUACCUAGUAUAAACUAGUGUAUAUAGUAUAUGCCAACCUUUCCCUGGACCGCUGGACGUAACGUUGCUACAUCGCUUACUGGUUAUAAUUAUCUUUCUUUGAUUAAAAUAUACAUAAUUGAAAUAUGACAAACAUUUAUGGCAAGUUUAUGGCAAAAGUUAUAAGGUAGAUGUUCGAUUAUUUUUCAUGAUAUUAGCUGUGCGCACUGUAUUUUGGGUAUUUGUGCAUUACAAUUUGGGUCUGUCUGUUGAUUAAAAUUGAGAAUUUUGCUAGCUAUACAUGAAUUAAAUUUGCUGCCUUGCUCACUCCCUGUGGUAUAGCAAUAAUUGUUACAUGUCAAAUGUUUCUCCACUAUAAUAUCACAAUAAUAAAUAACUGGACCCCCCUUCUGAACCAAUAUUUUUAGGUGCCCCCCCUUUCGGUCAAGAAUAGCUCAUGACCCACCCCCUUUUUUUGCCAGCCCACCCCCAGUCAUAAAUAAUGAAUGGUCCCUUAUUUAAACUGUAUUUUUUUUCAUUACAGUCUUAUGAAUCGUUAGUGAAAACCCCCUAACAGUAUGAUGAAUAGUUAGUGAAAACCCCUGUCUCUUAAUGUCUAAAAAUAGACGUUCAUUAAUUAAGCACGAUAAGUUAGAUAACUUCUCAACAUUUAAUUUCGGGAGUAGUUACUUCAGGACGUGUCUAGAUAUAUGGAGGCGAGCCAACGCGAGUCCCCGAGCUAGCUCGCAUUGCAGAGCUGAUUUCAUCCCGUGUUUACAGGAGACUAAAGUUCGCACUUUCCCGAACAGUUAUAACCCACAGAAUCGCUUACAUAGACCUGUUAAGAUCGAUAUCUGUCGAGAAAAUGCUUUUGAUUCGCGUGAACAGAGCAAUAACACACAACUCGCUUAGGCGAGCCAGCCCGAUAACUGCGUUUACAUGGGAAAUUUCCAGCCCGCCUAGGCGAGAUCCCUGCAUCACAAAGCGAGAUAUUGUAUAUAGGCGGGCCAUAAGAUGAAUAUUAGUGUUAGAUCUCGGCAAAGCGAGCUAACUCGGAUACCCGGGCUGGCUCGCCUCCACCCCUAAUUUGUGGAUUAACCACCCCUCUCCACUCCUCCCCCCAUAAUGAAUUUUCAAUAUUUUUAAGGCCCGUUUAUACACUUGCAAUUUUUGCUGCGAUUUUAGGUGCGAUUUUCUUUUCCUGAUGUAUGUGCAUGAACGAGUGGAUGAAUUAGGAAUGUUUAGAUGAGGUACAUAUACUCAGAGCAUAACUUAUUUACUUGUUCACAUCCAUCAAAAGAGGAAAAUCACACUAGAUAUCAGCAAAAAUUGCAAGUGUAUAUAUAUAAACGGGCCUCUAAAACUUUUCACAAUAUGCAUUCACUAACAGGUUAUUUGGUUUCCCUGCUCAUUAUACUGAUGUUGGUAAUAUGGGAAAGAAUCAGCGACAGAAACUUCUUGGAAAAUCAUGGAGUGUUCCAGUUAUCAGACAUCUUUUGUCCCCACUAAGAGAGUACUUUUGCUCAAAAUCCAGUGCAGAGAUUCAAAAUACAAGCUAA